GUGUGUGUGUGUGGUUUCUCUCUCCCUUGAAAGAACACAGCUGCCUGUCUCCUGUUGUCGCCGCUCCUCUGACUAGCUUUUUGCAGCCUCUUGCUUCUCCUUCUCUUUCUGCUUAGCUCCUUGUCUUCUGAUACUACUCCCAGUAUGGAGACAAAUCACUCUGUACAGCUCUCAGGAGAACCCCAGUCAACACCUCCAGGGGAAAGUUCAUCAUUACCCAAUCAAAAUGGCUUGGAGAAGCAAGAUGACAAGGAUUCCUCAACCCCACUUCAAGCACCAGAGGGGAAGACAGGGGUGCAGUCUGAACAGGGAGCUCAUGAUAUCUCUGAGGAGUUGAAUCGACAAUUAGAAGACAUAAUUAAUACCUAUGGGUCUGCUACUGAAAAAGAGGGUCCCACCAAGACAAAGGAGCAGCCUGAGAACAUAGAACCACCCGACAAUGGGGAUGGGGACUGUGAUGAGGUCACUGAAGAGACAGAGAGAGAACCCAUGGCUUCUGGAGAGCCAACCACAGCCAAAGAGCCUGUCAGCAAUAAAGAGCAAAAGUUGGAAAAGAAAAUCCUAAAAGGAUUAGGAAAAGAAGCCAACCUGCUAAUGCAAAAUCUGAACAAGUUGCAAACACCUGAAGAAAAACUUGAUUUUUUAUUCAAGAAGUAUGCUGAAUUGCUGGACGAACAUCGCACUGAGCAAAAGAAGUUAAAGCUCUUACAAAAGAAACAGGUACAAAUUCAAAAAGAAAAGGACCAGUUACAAAGUGAACACAGCAGAGCUAUCCUUGCUCGAAGCAAACUGGAGAGUCUAUGCCGAGAGUUGCAGAGACACAACAAGACACUGAAGGAGGAAACCCUUCAGCGGGCACGAGAGGAAGAAGAGAAAAGGAAGGAUAUCACAAGUCAUUUCCAGACCACUCUGACGGAUAUCCAGGCCCAGAUUGAACAACAGAGUGAGCGAAAUAUGAAGCUGUGUCAGGAGAAUACAGAGCUUGCAGAGAAACUGAAAAGCAUCAUUGAUCAGUAUGAGCUUAGAGAGGAGCAUCUGGACAAAAUAUUUAAACACAGAGAACUGCAACAGAAGCUGGUAGACGCAAAACUGGAACAGGCCCAAGAAAUGAUGAAGGAAGCCGAGGAGCGACACAAACGCGAGAAGGAAUAUUUGCUGAACCAGGCAGCAGAGUGGAAACUUCAGGCCAAAGUGCUGAAGGAACAAGAGACAGUCCUGCAGGCUCAGCUUACUCUGUACUCUGGAAGGUUUGAAGAGUUCCAGAACACACUAACAAAAAGCAAUGAGGUGUUUGCCACUUUCAAACAGGAAAUGGAUAAAACAACUAAGAAAAUGAAGAAGUUAGAGAAGGACACAGCCACGUGGAAAGCCCGGUUUGAGAACUGUAACAAAGCUCUGCUGGACAUGAUUGAAGAGAAAGCACUGAGAGCUAAAGAAUAUGAGUGCUUCGUCAUGAAAAUCGGGAGGCUGGAGAACCUCUGUCGAGCUUUACAAGAAGAGAGAAAUGAACUCUACACGAAAAUUAGAGAGGCAAAAAUGCCUCCGAAGGAUGACCGAAGUCAGCACACCUCCGACGAGGAGCCCGAGUCCGCUGGGUCUGAGCGGGUGGGGCUUGAUGCGGAGGAAGCCGAGAGUGUUCACAGUGCUGUGAAAAAUCUGGCCACAGCCUUCAUGGCCAUUCAUCAGCCAGAGUCGACCCUUGACCAGGCCAAAGAAAUCCAACCAGAAUCCGGCAGUCCUCAAGCGGAUGGCGACUCGGUCCUCCAGGAGCCGGCACGACCCCCUCUGCGCCCUUUGUGCCAUUCAGAGAGUUCCCUGCCUCCCCCAACUCCUCAGGCCGAAGCCGAAAGAGGCCAUGAGGCUCAACUGCCCCCCAGGCCCGGGAACCCCGCCCUGGGGUCGGGAGCAGAGGCCCAAGACCGGGGUCCCCUUGCAGCAGUCCGGGCUGAUCAGCCGCCCCACAAGCCGGAGGCAGAAGCUUCUAGUCAGGCCCUGCCGUCCCCCGCCGAGGCUUCCCUACCCGCGAGGGAGGCAAACGGUCCUGCUCCACCGCCCGCGGCAGCUGAGCAGAUGCCAGCUGGGGUGCUUGGAUGUGGGCCCAGCAGGCGGCCGCCCCCACCCCCACCGGCCACAACAGCAGGGGGGCUGCCAGCAGGGGCCUCAGAGGGGCCCCAGCUGCCCCAAGUGGCCGACGCCAACCUAGAAGGAGUAGACUAAGCCUCAUGGUGCCUCCCCAAGCUCUUCUUCCUGACGUUACAUCUCCAUCAUAACAGCUUGUCUUCUGAAAAGGCAUUAAGGGCUAAGGAUGUCUAAGGGAAGAGACUUGAUUAGAAUCAAGACACUUUCAAAUCUUACGCAGAACACAUUCAGCCUGUGCUGUUUGUUCUCAAUUUAUCACUGAUUUGGAGCUUUUCUGUUUAACGCGGGUUGAUGGUAUAAUUUUCCCAAAUGGCGACAGAACAUACAAAUAGAAAAUUCAUAUUAGUUUUCCAUUGAGAUGGUAUUUAUUUCAACUUCUUAAUCAACAGUAAGAUUUGGAGUUUCAAGACUUCCACUACAAUUUAGAAAUACAGGAAAUGGGAUGUUUCCUUUUAUUUCCCUAUAUAGUUUUAAUAAGUUCCAAAGUAAGUAAUGGAUGUCCAGGUUCCAUUUAAGCAUUAUAUACAUAAUAUAUGCGUACAUGUGGGGGUGUGUGUGUAUAUAUAUACAUAUAUGUAUAUAUGUCUGAAUAUAUACGUAUGUGUGUGAAUAUAUACAUAUGUGAGUUUAUGCACCUAUAUAUACAUGUGUAUAUUUUAUAUAUAUAUGUAUACAUAUGUGUGUGUGUGUGUGUGUGUGUAUAAAAUACAUACACCUCAUUCCUUUUUGGAGCUGUCUCAUGCAAAAUAUUUAGAUGGUAAUAAAAAAACAUUUCUUGCUUGGGAUGAGAGUAGAUUAAUGCUCUCUGAAUCAGAAGUAGGUUCAGAACGCAAGUAUUUAGGCCAUGUAAUGUUGGGCAAAAACAAGUAACUGAAUGGUAGAUCAAUAAAUCCAACCUGUUGAUCAAAUGACCGAAAAGCAGUUGGGCCGAUUGUGAGUGUGCAGAACACACAGACACGCAGGUGCCGCAAGAGGUCGUAAACAGAAAAGGGGAACAGUCGCAGCUGUAGACUGCUCACCUCCUCCAGCGGCCGCUCGGACACAACUCAGAGCACUGCUUUGCUACCCCGCAUGGUGAGGCAGGCACUCCGUGGCUACCUGCACGGAAAGUUCUGGAAGUGGGAAGCACGCCAGGGCAUGGAGGGAUUGAGGGUCCCCAGAGACGAGGCAAUGCUCUUACCCCCUGCCCCCUGUGCUAUGGGAGUCUUAAGAAAGAAUAUUCACCUGGCCCUGCCAAGUCCCCAGUUCCCUCACUGUCAUCUACUGCUCUCUCUCCAGAGGGGCUCCCACCACUUCUUGCUGUCACAGCUUUAAUCUAUAUUCUCAAAGCACCUGCACCUUUUUUUGAAACCCCCACCCUGGACUUCACAGAAAAUUAUACCCGGCCUUCAUCUCAAUUACUGCUAACUAAAAGCUAUUAUUUUUCCAAAACAGAAAUCCACACAGGGUCUCAAUAUGAGUAAUGAGGCAUACAAACCAACACGUUAUCUGCUUUGUGGAAUUCUCUACCAAGAAUAAAUGGGGCCCUACUCUAAAGGUUUUGAAAAAUAGGUGAGGACUCAGAAGAAGGCAAAAGCUAGAGACACCUGGGGUUGUCUACAUGAGUAUUACAUUACCAUUGCUGGACAAGAACCUCUAACACCGCUGAGAGCAUAAAUCACUCGACCUAGGGUAGAAGGAGGCUGGAACAAAGAAACAGGAAGUAAGGGAGGACAGGAGGGCAAAGGAGAGAGGAAGGGGGAGAGGAGGGAGAAAAGGAAAAAAAGGUGUAACCCAGCCCUACCUUAAAAGUUGAAUUCAAGUAGAAAAAUGGAUGAAAGCAAGAUUCUCUACUGUUCAUCCAGAAAACCGUUCUUUAGUGUCACGUGUGGCUUUCUGCCAAGGAACACAAAGUGCUUGUGGGCAGCAACCAUAUGCUCCAAGAAUUGUAAACUGCAUAAAAUUUGUUUGAAGUAGACAGUGAGGGUAAUAACAAAAUGCUAAUCAGGAAAAAAAGCAUAUCACUAUUUGAGAACCCACGUAUUUUUAUUUAUUUAUUUUUCCAUGGAUCUUUAAAGGCUCGAAAUACUAUAACCACAAAUGAUCCAGCCAAAUUCAACAUUACUGGAAAUCUUCGAGAUUUAAACAUUAAUUUAAUUCACAGCCAAGUACUCACCACAACAAUCCAGGAGGGUCUCCUUGCCCACUAUUUACAGAAGCUAAACUUCCCAAGAAUGGAGUAAGAUUAGAUAAUCAUAGUAAAGUCUCAGUCUGAAUGUUUUGCAAGACAAACAGGCAGGAGAAGAACCAAAAUCUGGUAAAUCAAAUAUUCUAAUACCCAAAUUCUUUUUUUUUCAUCCAAAAAGCUUUCACAGCAACACAUUACGCACUACUGUGUAUAUCUUGGGCUGAGUUUCAAUGCAAUACCUUGCCUAAACUUUGCAAAGCUUAAUAUAGGCUCUGGAAGGAUUAUUUUAAUAUUCAAAGAAUGUUUUAUUAUAGUCCUCUGUGUUAAAAUUCAGCCUUACUAAUUAUAACAAUAAUUCAUAAGACCUGAAAGAGUAAGGAAUUUCUUCAUUAUCAAGUUCACGUAGCUCUUUCUAGAGAUGCCAAGUCUACUUUCCAGAAACACCAGCAUUGUUUACGUUUUCUAAAUUAAAUAACUCUAAUUUAUGUAUCUAUUAAAGUUACUUCUCUUCCUGAA